AUGGAGAUGGUGCUUUCUCCAGGAACCAUCUCAAUAAUUGGAAUAGAAGAGUCCCCGGAGGAAGAGAAUCCAUUGAUUUCACCCUACUCUGCCUUGACAGCUUCAAUCCCUCCAUCACCACCAACAGCCACCAUAUUCCUUCCACGGACUGUGGCUGCCUUGGUUCUCUCCUCCAAUCCUUUGAUCACUCACAAAACUAGCUCCAAAAGAAAAUCUUUAUUGACCCCAAGAGACCACCACCUCAAAAGUGCCUUCUCUCCAUGGAUUCUUCAAGAUUGCCCUUCUUUCGACAUCAUCAGUGCACAAUGCUAA